AUGAUUCAAACACUUUUAUUUGUUUCCAUAUUAUCAACUUGCUGCUUUGCUCAGCUUGUAACCCAUAAUAAUGACAAUACUUCCUUGUCUUCAGUAUAAAUUAAAGAUUUGCUUGAUUUCAAUAAAUGGAAAUAUCAACAUGGCAAAAAAUACUUUAAUGCUGAUGAAGCAAAUUUCCGUCAAUUGAUUUAUCUAAUGAACCUCUAGAAGUUCAACGAGCACAACAGUAACCCCAAUAAUACUUAUAAAGUUGCCACCAAUUAAUUCUCUGACUUGAGCUAAGAAGAAUUUGAAUCUCUUAUUUUGAACUCUGCGCUUAUUAAAGAAUCAAAAGCUAGAAUCCUCUAAAAUAAGGACUCAAAUAACAAUAGUAACCAUACUUCCUCAAAUACAAAUAACAAUAACAAAAAUAAUUCUACCAAUACUAAUAACAACAAUAAUAAAAAUAACUCAACAAGUAGUUCAAAUAGUACUAAUACUAUUAACAAUAACAAAACAAAUCCUAAUCCCAAUCCUCCUGUAAACCAAUUAAAAGUUGUUCCUUAAUCUGUUGAUUGGAGAAUUCAAGGAAAAGUCAGUCCUGUUAAAGAUUAAGGUAGGUGUGGGUGUUGUUGGGCUUUUUCUGCAACAGCAUUAGCGGAAAGUGUCAAUUUGAUGAGAAACAACACUCUUUAACAAUACUCAGAGUAAGAAUUAGUCGACUGUACAAACAAUUAAUAUUAAGAGGACUAUUCUAGCUUAGGAUGUGGUGGUGGAUGGGCUUAUAAUGCCCUUGUUUAUAUGCAAAGAAAAGGUAUUUUUUUGGAAAGCCAAUAUCCUUAUAAAGCUUAAAAUGGUGUUUGCAAUAACGCUACAUCUGCAUCAAGAUAAAAGGCAUUCUUUGCUAAAGAUUAAAUUAUCAUUGAUACCUCUGUCAAUAUUACUAAUUCUUUGUAAUAUGCUCUUAGCAAAUAACCCGUCUCUGUUAAGGUUGACUCUAGAUACUGGAAUUCAUAUUCAAGUGGUGUAUUCAGUAAUUGCUUAUCUGAUGGCUGGUAUGUUGACCAUGUUGUUCUUCUAGUAGGCUACACUAAAGAAGGUAAUUGGAUUGUUAAGAAUUCUUGGGGUACAAACUGGGGUCAAAGUGGUUACAUCUAUUUAGCUCCAGGUAACACUUGCAACCUUAGUGUCACUCCAGUAAUUACAUCUAUUUGA